GUACCAUUUUGACCAGAUUUCAAAUCAUCAUAACACAAGAUGUCAUACAUUGUGAAGAGAAUACCAAAAGUUGUCAGAGCAUGGUUCAGUGUGUGAAUAUAUUUGUGACAUAAACCGACCUAAGAGUGAACAUGUAAUCAAUCAACUUCACAAUACAUUUGACAUUGUUCAUAGCUUAUAAACUCAUAUUGGGGAGUGAGUGGAACUAUACACUUGCUUCACUGAGCAGACCAACUGACUGUGUAGUUCAUUACGAUAUUGCAUACUACAAAUGAAACCAAAUGGGUCUGAUAUUGUGGAGGAAUGGUAGACAAAUGCAUUCAUAAAUCAAAGUUCAAUCAUAAACCAUCCUUAAUUUGAGAAAACAAAAUCAAACUAUAUGACACACUCCAAAAAUAGGGAAGCUCUCAAAUCUUAGAGUUUAUUAAUUUGUGAAGGCCCUACAAUGGGCCUUUCACACUGCAGGCCCUACAGCAUUGGUCUCACCAAACAUUAAUUCACAUCCAAGGUUACCGUUGGCCGUAGCCUGCGCAAAAACAAUAGAAUAUUUGCAAAUGAAUAGCACUCCAUCGUCUCAAUCGACGGACUCCACAUUCGAUGUUUCAGCACUCAGACCGUAACCUAGAUCGUUACAAUAUUUAAAAACAAAACAAAAUAAACUACUCCCCUAACAGAAGGAUUAUAACACUGACAUCUUCCAAGCGAUCCAUGUCCAUGACGUAGCUUUGUGUUAAAUGGACCGGAAAGUUAAAAAAAUAUAUAUUUACGACAGUCACUACGGGUUCACACCGGCCGCUGAAGCCUAAUCUCUAACGCGCAGGCGCCUGGCUGCUCACACGGGAUGCGCAUUUCUCAGCGCCAGUCAGCCAGAGAUUCUGUUUUCUCCACUGGUUGUUGUAUGUAACCCGCAAAGCUGUAGGAUAUAGUAGCACUUCUGCCCGAGGAGAUUAUAAUUGAACUCUUGUCCAUUCGUUUUUUGGUUUUUAUAUGUGUUUGUUUGUAAGUAAGAUUACACAAAAGUAAAACUUGGUGGAAGGCUGGGAUAUGGGCACAUUUAGGGAACUGAUAUCUCUAAGUGUGGGAAAUUCAGUACAGCUUGUGUCACUCUAGUUUUCUGCUGAAAAGGGCUAUAUCAACGCCACCAACAUUGAAAUUCAAAGAUCACUUCUUGAGUCUGGAUGGAAAUCACCGCAGAAGCUACUUUCGAGAUAAAAUGUGCCGGAGUUUUUCAUCAAGAUCGAUGAAUUAUUCCCCCCGGAAAAUGGGGAAAAUGCAGAAACAUUUAAUUGGUUCUUCCAUGAACCAUAAUGCAUCCUUCCACUAAGUUCAGUUGUUUUUGACAAAUGUCUGGAGGCUCUCACUUUAAUAUUUUUAUAAACACAUACACCUCCUCUAGAGAAACAGGUUUCAUGCUGGGAGUUAGUUGGUGCCCAUCUAGGUAACACAAGCCAGGCCUCUUUUUGUUCUACCUUCGACCUGUAAACAAAUCAAAAAUAAACAUGACAUAAUUAUCCAAAUGACCCCAAUAGAAUGUAUAAAACCUAUUUUUAGAUUUGAAUAUUUAUUUAUUUGUCUAAAUGUAUUCAAAACAACUCAAAGUGACUCAAUAAGAGAACAUUUGCAACACUUUUUUCAUCAGCUCGAGUUUAAAAAUUAGAUCAAUGGUUACCAUGUGAAUUAUAUUGAUUAAUUAUAUCAUUACUCUAUAAAAUGUCAAAGCAAUCACACAAAUCAAAAUUAUAUGUUCUAGUUUAUAGUCUGUCAAAUGAAGUUCUCACUGUGGUUUUCAUGAAAAGUACCACCCAUAAAGGUCAUUAAUAACAUGGUAUUCUUUGUACUUUGAGAUGUGGUCACAGGCGAGGCAGAUGGGAUGAAUGAAUUCAUUGCUCGUUGUCAAAAGAUGAGGAGUGACUUCAUAGUACUUUCUCCACUCAAAGUAACUCAUGUAAUCUUCAUGGUCCUUGUCCAGGCGUUGCAGAUUCUCUGCCAUACCUUUGGCUUCAGGGAAAUCAUUUACAUGAAUGAAGGAACCAUUGGGAAGGAACUGCUCGUAGUUUUCCCUUGGUGGACCCAGAACUACAGGGACGGUCCCUGCUGCGAGGGGCCCAUUGACCUUCUCCGUGAUGUAGUCCACAUGGAGCGAGUUCUCAAAUGAGAGAUAAAACUUACAACUUGCAAGGGUUGGGUAAUAAUCAUCUACCGUUAUGUGUUGGGACAGUUCUGUGUAAUAUUUCUCUCGUAGAUGUUCCAGUAGCUGGGUUGCUGUUACUGACAAUCCAACAAACCAGUUUGUCUUUCUUGGACAGAACAAAUUCCUCCUUGGUCUCUGUUUCCUUGAUUGUGACCUCAUCUCUCACUGUGAUGUCAGCAUCUCGUCUUUAGCUCAGUGUUAAGUUGAACAGAUUUUCCAGACCUGAAAUUUUCGCUGUGUUCGUGGGAGAUUCCACAUUGAACCAAAUCCACUUCUGAAAAUGUGGACGUGGCUCCUUGGGCAUGUUUUUCAAAUACCAGUUUAUGUCUUUCUGGUAGAAGAUAACUCCCUCUGCUUGGCUGUACAAUGACCUAUCGUCAGUCAGAAUGCAGUCAUCAAUUUUGAAGUGGCUUGAGCAGAUUUUCAAGCUUCACAUUUAAGCAGUGUGCGUGGGGCUGAAUUAAGAAGCAUAUAUUUCCAACCAAUUAUUGUUAAAAAAACUUUAGGAAUAGAUUAGACUGUAGGAUUCAUUGAAUCUGAUUGAAUAAAAUGUAUGUGCUUUGCUGUCUAUCACUAUUGUUGCAUAUCAGGUGGUUUGCUGCACCCCAGAUGCUUUAAUUUGUAUAUAGUUUGCAGCCUAAUGAUAUUGAUGCAUAUCAGGUGGCUUGCUGGGUAUUCAAAUUUUUAAUUUAAAUAUUUUUUUAUUUGUUGCAGUGUGCUCGCAGGAAAUUCAAGUUCACUAGGUAUAUUCCCUACAGCCAGGGUGCCUUUGGGGGGAACGGCCUCUGGUGACGGAUGCAAGGUCUACAUGUAGCAGCUUCAUUUCAAUACAUUACAUUAGCUUCACUAGGUAGUAUAUUCUCCUGCAGGCCAAUGCACCUUUGGAGAAUGGCAACACCGUGGUGGUGAUGGCGCACGAAUAGAAGAUACUGAUCCAUAACCUCAGGCUACAAAUUUGUUCGGUUCUAAUAGUAAUGGCUCAUCACUUCCAUCAUAUCUAUGUAAUCAUAUGGGGGGGAGUGACUCAGCCGGAGUCUAGAUGCCAAACACUAACUGGUUCUACUGCUGUACACUGAAACAAAUCGCUGUAGUUUCUACAUUAAAAUUAUACAGUAACAUCUUUUUCUGUUGUUUUACGAAGUUUAUCUGUAUAUCGCAAUGCAUCAUGGGCUAAAUAUAAUUACAGUAGCUGACAGCAUUUUUCCACAAUAACACAUUGUGAAAUUACAGGCAAGUUGUAUUCUGACUGAAGAUGGUGCAUGUUAAAGUUAAAUACUGUUGAUAUCGAUUGCGUUCCACAAGGCCGUUUGAAAAGGAACUUGACAAGAGAGCAUGGGAGCAGAGGAGCUACAGCCGUGUCCAGCCACUACAUACGUGAGUUGAAUGUUAAUUGCCUACAACAGAGGUCUUCAACAGGGGGUCCGCGACCCCUAGGGGGUCCGCGGAGGUACUGCAGGGGGGUCGCGAAAUCUUUGAUUGAUUAGACAAUUUUUUUUUUUAUUUUAUAAUUUUUUAUUAUAAUUUUUUUCGAACCAAUUUCCCCCCCACAAAUUUAAAUGUCUUUAAAUACACAUUUACCUCCAACAUAUUGUGAGGCUGAUAUGACCCUCUGCCUGACAACCUCCAUCCGUCCAAGAUUAGAUAAGUUGUGUGCUACCCAUCAGGGUCCGACAUCUCACUAAUGUGGGCGUAUGUGUGCCAUCCGGAGAUGGCUUGAGGAUUCAGUGUCCCCUCUACAUGCAUGUUUAAAAUAAAACAUGAAUCUGUGAAUUACUUUAAUAGCUCAGUGUUGUAUGCAAGAUGUAUGUUUAUAAAUGGCAGUGGCAUGGCCACCCUGUACCUUGCACAUGUUUAAAUUAAAAACAUGAAUAAAUGGACCCUUGUAAUAUUUGAUAAGCUUAGUAUUGAUUGCACAAUAACAGGGUAGCUAUGUUUAUACAAGGCACUAGGCCCAGUUUAAUAUAAAACACAAUUUUAUAGAGGAGAGCGGGGUAAUGUGGGACAUCAGGUAAUGUGAGAAACCCCCUGUAUCUAGGCAACGGAACACAUUUGUGGUCAUUUGACCAAUAUGUUUUCAAGCCCCUCCCAUUCCCCCCUUGCCAUGAAGGAGAAGAUGGUGCUUGUGCUGUGGAAAGUAUGUUUUUUCACAAAAAAUAGUUUUUUGCAUGUAAAAGUAAAUUUUCUUGCUUUGAACUUAAUCAACUGUUGUGUCAAAACAAAUUGAAUCAGGUAGAAAAAUUUAUAUCAUACAUGUUGGUGAACUUCCAACAUAUAAGACCAUGUGGUUGAUGCUAGCUGAAGAUUAGCCUGAAUUGAUAAGAGAUGUUGUUUUUUCUAAAACGGUGGCUGUGGGGUAAAGUGGGACAAAUGCUGUGGAGUAAAGUGGGACAGUGUCUCACUUUACCCCACCAUGAAGCACAAGUUAAGUUUAGUCUUAAACAUAUUCUAGUGUUAUAUUCCAUUAUAUAUGUUUUAUUUUUUAUUUUCAUAAACAUUGUAGAAAAGCCAUCAUGCCAAGAACUAGCUGACCAGUUCCAUGGCCUUGCUCCAGUUAAGAGCUGUGAACUGGCAUUUGAAUACGCAGAGAAAAACAAUAUCCCUGUCCCUGCCAAUUGGACAGAGAAACAAUGUGCAGGUAAGCUAGGGUGUGCAAGAGAUCACAUGAAUCAUAAAUGUGCUUAAUUGACCUAUCCCCAUGAUUCUGUUACUAGUCCGAUAUUAGUGGUUGUCAAUUCUAGCUGUCGGGAUUUUAACUAUUACAACGUGUUGUUAUGGUAGUUUUAAAGUGGAAAAGGUAAGUGUCCCACUCUACCCCGUAGAAGGGGUAAAGUGGGACACAAGACCACUUUUUUUAAAACAAUCAUAUUUUCACUGCCCUUUGUCCUGAAGACAUUCUGAUCAUUUCCAUUGCUAGAAAAUAUCCUGAAUUAAUGGGAAAUGUGUAAAUUUUACUGAUAUAUCAUUUUAGCUCACCUAGAGGGAAGCAAAUGGAAAAAAUGUCCCACAUUAACCCACUCUCCCCUACUGUAUAUAUAUAUAUAUAUAUAUAUAUAGUAGGGGGUCCCUGCUCCAUCUCUUGCCCAGUUUGGGGGUCCUUGGCCUGAAAAACGUUGAAGACCCCUGGCCUACAACAUUUAUAUGUAAAACUAUGAUUGUAAAAUCAUAGUUGAGUUCUUAAUUAAGCCAAUGCUAUUGUUUGCAGUUACUAAAUUGACAACUUACCGAAUUGAAUGACUUGAAGUGAAUCAAUGACAUUUGAAAUUGAAAAGCUAGUGUGCAACCCUACCAGGAUGCUUUGUUAUGAGAGGAGUAGUUUAGCUCAUUAACAUCUGGCUAAAGCUAGAAUGCUAACACUAGCGCGCUAAUCCUAGCAUGCUAACGCUAGCUGGGUGAAACGGAAUUGGGCCUAAAUUAAACAGUCAGUGACUGCAAUUUCCCAUAAUUGGGAACUAAUCAGCUGAUGAACAGCCUACUUCAGUUAAAUUGUUGUUUUCAAUAAAUUGCCUGCUCACAACCUUUGGGCUCUUGUUCCCUUUUCUUCUUUUUGCAUUUUGAAACUCUACUUAGAACCUUCCUAAGAUUCAACAGUGCAAAAUGCAAAUUCAUCCAAUUUUUUAACUGGUCUUAAGAUUUUGAUCAGGAGUGUAUGCUGACAUGUCAGUACCGGGGGAGGACAUCAGACAAGCUGUGUUGGUGGUAUUACCAAGCCUAACAGAGGAGAAACUACAGUCCCUCCCACUGCAGUUUGUGUCACUAAGUGUCUCAGAAAAUCUUGGGAGAAUUUUCGGUUAACGGCUGUUCACAGGAAUCUGCAGGCAGCACAGCAAACUGUCAGGAACCGACGCAGGUUUACCAGUUUCUGCUAGUUUUACAGGUCUGUGAAUGUUGGGAGGUGACCCCCCUGCUUCUAGGCCUUGGGGAGGCUUUCACAUGCAAAUGACAAUGCUCUGAGCUUUACAAAUGCAAAUCAAGAUAGUUUCCCUCAGUGCAGACAACACGUUUUUCUAAGAGGUACCAACUAAACUAUCUGGCGUAAGUACACCAGCCUUAAAAUAAAUGUAAAACUUGAAAUUGUUAAUUGUUUCCCUUAAGUAAGUAAGUGUGCUAUGAUGAAUUACAUUGUAUUCCAUGAGCAAAUAUCAAUGCUAUGAAUCAAAUUAGAAGGUAGUGUAUAUAGUGUUUUUAGAACAGUUGUUAAAAGCAUUGCACAGACCAGACUAUAUAACAGUUAAACAUGUGAAUAUGUCUGAACGGUGCCGUGGAAGGCUGCUGUGUCUCGCGCUCUCCCACAGCUCUGCUCUUUUUUCUCUUUUUUUUCUAUCUUGUUAUUUAUUUUACUUAUUUUUGUAUCAUGCACUCUGGUAAAGCGAGCCCUAUCAUCAUAUAUGAUAGAGAACAACUUCUGUCCAUUGGUUUGAUGGUAAAAAACACUUUUUCACCGCCACCGACAACAAACAAGGGAGACUACCCAUGGCGCGGUUUACCUGCUGUACCUGGAACACGGAGGCGAGGACGAAGGAAAAGAGGGUCGCGAGCCGGCGUCCUGGUCCGGCUGAGGAAACGUGAAAACCGGCCUCCUCUACCAAGCAUUCUUCUUGCUAAUGUCCAGUCCCUGGACAACAAGCUGGAUGAACUUCGUAGCAGGAUGGCGUUUCAACGGGACAUCAAGUUUUGUAACGUGAUGGUUUUCACGGAGACCUGGCUCGACCCCUCGAUCCCGGACACCGCCAUUGUUCCCAAGGGGGUCUCCAUUCACCGCCAGGACCGGACAACAAACUCAGGCUGUACUCCGGACCUGGAGCACCUAAUGAUCAGAUGCCGUCCUUAUUACAUCCAGAGGGAGUUUACAUCGGUCAUUCUAAUAGCAGUGUACAUCCCGUCCAGCGCCGACACUAACCAGGCACUGGACGAGCUGCAUGCCGUGAUCGACAGGACAGAGACAUCACGGCCCGAGGCUGUGUUUAUCGUGGCCGGGGAUUUUAACAACGCCAAGAUGAGGAAAGUCCUGCCGAGAUACUUCCAGCACAUCAGCUGCCCGACGCGCGGAGCAAACACACCGGAUCAUGUUUACACUCCCUUCCGGGGUGCGUAUAAGGCCCUCCCCCGCCCCCCAUUCGGCAAAUCAGAUCACGUUUCCGUCCUGCUGCUGCCUUUCUAUAGGCAGAAAGUCAAGCGUGACAGACCGGUGACUCGGACCAUCCAGCAGUGGACCGAUCAAUCAGACUCGGCUCUUCAGGACUGCUUCAAAACAACAUAG